GUGCAAUGGCUGGCUCUUGAGUUGUUUGCACAUCGGUCCUUGUAUAUCUGCAUCAGUUGGAGAAGGUUACCUAAGUUCCCAAGUGUAUUGUUCCUUCCACACCGUACCAGGUUACACGUGCGACUGCCCUCCCCGCUAGCGGCCAUCUCCGACAGGCUUGUGGUCGGAGUCUUGGACACAUUGACAGCCCAACGCUCUUCUCACCUGAACGUUCUCCCACCCACUGCUGCUUCAUCAUGACUACCAGAUACCGCGUGGAAUAUGCUCCCAAGACUCACAGGCGAGAUCAAUUGAUUGAAUGGAUCAAGGGUCUGCUGGCAGUUCCAUUUGUCCUCCACUCUCAACCGACAGCCGUUUUCGAGGAGAACGCACAGACCGUCCAUCCGCAGGCCAGCGUGGCCCAACGUCGAUAUGCCGAGAUCAUGCGUGAUGUGGAAGACAUAAUCAACGAUCACAUUGAACACCAGAAAUUGGGGAAGCCAGACCGAUCAAAGCUCAAGCUCUUGGUCCCAACCGUCGCGAAUUUUUUCACGCCGCUAGCUCUUCACGAUGCAUUCAUAUUCCAAGAUCAGCGGCGCUCAAUCAGCUACCGGCGCUUUGUGCCACCUUCCUUCAACGAUGUACGCCUUGUCUUGAACACAGCUCAGAUCAUGAGCCUCGUCCGCACGGGUCCUAUUGAGCUUAUGACCUUCGACGGAGAUGUCACCUUGUACGAUGAUGGGAUGAACUUGCUGCCUGAGAACCCAAUCAUCCCCAAAAUCCUGCAUCUCAUGCGGCGAGGGUCCAAGAUUGGCAUCGUCACGGCGGCAGGCUACACAGAAGCCAGCCGAUACUACGGGCGUCUUUUCGGGCUGUUGCACGCCAUCCAAGAGUCCGACUUGCCGCUCGAGUCAAAGCAAGGGUUCAUGAUCAUGGGUGGCGAGAGCAGCUUCUGCUUCAAGUUUGACGAAAACAGCGCCGAUCUGUUGAGAUUUGUUCCACGCGAGGAGUGGGUGCUCAAGGAGAUGCUGUUGUGGUCGGACGCCGACGUUGCAGAGCUCCUUGACAUUGCAGAAGCAUCACUGAGAGAUACAGUGAAGAACAUGAGGAUGAAUGCCGACAUUGUCAGGAAAGAGCGAGCCGUGGGCGUCAUACCGAAGAACGGCGAGCGGUUCUGUCGAGAGACCUUAGAAGAGACCGUGUUGAUUGUGCAGAAAGUCUUGGACAUAUCUGAGGUUGGACAGCGACUGCCAUUUUGCGCCUUUAACGGUGGUAAUGAUGUGUUCGUGGACAUUGGAGACAAGAGCUGGGGCGUUCUGGCGUGCCAAAGGAUCUUUGGGUCGAUUGAGGGAUCGAAGACGCUGCACGUUGGAGACCAGUUCCUGAGUGCCGGCGCAAAUGACUUCAAGGCGCGUCUGGCAUGCACAACGGCGUGGAUUGCGAACCCGACAGAGACGUGCCAGCUGCUGGACGAGAUCGCUGAACUGGACGAGACGCACCAGCGCAAGACACGAUGAUGCUGUCCGCAGGUGUUCUUGUGAAGGAUGGAGCGGGGGUGGCAGUGCAUGUGUUUGGCAGACUCAGCACCGUAUCCUAUUUAUGUGCACAAGAUAUCCACCGAAUCUAGUUCGUCUUGACGAGACCCUGCCA